AUGGGGCAGUGCGGGGUGAUCUCCUCUAAGACCGUCCUGGUCUUCCUGAACCUCAUAUUCUGGGCUGCCGCAGGUAUCUUGUGCUAUGUUGGAGCCUAUGUCUUCAUUACAUAUGACGAUUAUGAGCACUUUUUUGAAGACAUUUACACCUUGAUUCCAGGUGUAAUAAUUAUUGCAGCGGGUGCUCUGCUCUUCAUCAUUGGCUUAAUUGGGUGUUGUGCCACAAUCCGGGAAAGUCGCUGUGGUCUUGCAACGUUUGUAAUUAUCUUAUUAUUGGUGUUUAUCACUGAAGUUGUGGUAGUGGUCCUUGGAUACAUCUACAGAGCCAAGGUUGAAGAUGAAGUUGAUAAAAGCAUUACAAAUGUAUUCAACCAGUACAAUGGUGUUUCCCCCUGACUCAGCAAGCCGGGCUAUUGAUUAUGUCCAGAAGCAGCUUCACUGCUGCGGCAUCCACAACUACUCGGACUGGGAGAAGACACCUUGGUAUAUCAACACACAUAACAACAGUGUGCCAUUAAGUUGCUGCAGAGACAACGUGGUAAACUGUACAGGGAGUCUGACCAGGCCUGGAGAUCUGUAUUCUGAGGGUUGUGAAGCUUUAGUUGUGGAGAAACUGCAGGAAAUUAUGAUGUAUGUUAUAUGGGCUGCACUAGCAUUUGCUGCGAUACAGCUCCUGGGGAUGCUGUGUGCAUGUAUUGUCCUCUGCAGAAGAACUCGUGAUCCUGCCUAUGAACUCCUCAUCACUGGAGGCACCUAUGCAUAA